AUGGCGGCAGAAAUGCAAUUGGUGAAGCAUUUAUCUCGAAAAAGAAAAUUAAACGAAGAAAGAUUAUUUUUGUGGCAAAGAGAGAGCGUUACACGAGCAAAGCGUCGUUUCGAAGAUGAAUUAGCUGAUGAGAUCGAACUAGCGCUUGCUGCAGCAUCAUCUGUUAUUUUUCUCACUAGAAAACAAAGGAAGGACAGGCGUCCUGAUGAGCGCAGGAGAAAUACUUGGUGGUCUGAAGGCUAUCAAUCUUGGAGUGAUGCAGCAUUCAAGAGCCGCUUCAGAGUGUCUCGUGCGACGUUUGAUUUUCUUCUAAACGAAAUUGGUCACGAAAUUGUUAAACAACCAACUCGAAUGAAACCCCAUCCAACAACUCUUGAUACACAAUUGGCAAUUUGUUUGUAUCGGUUGGCACAUGGAGUUACCUAUCUAACAGUAGGAGAUUUAUUUGGUGUUGCUGCAUCAACUGCUUAUUGCAUCUUCAUGGACGUUUGCAAAGUGCUGGUCAAGAUCUUGUAUGACAGGUUUAUUUACCUACCAAAGACAAUAGAUGAAUGGACACACGAACUCCAAGGGUUUCUUGAAAAUUGGGAGUUUCCAUGUGUUGGGGCAUGGGAUGGCUUUCAUGUAUAUGUUUCGAGUAGAUUGAAGAAUUUUUAUAGUUACAAGAAGCGAUAUUCUGUUACUAAUAUGGGGUUUAUUGGAUAUAAUAAAAGGUUUAUGUUUGCUGCAGUAGGUGCACCUGGCUCAACUCAUGAUUCAAGGCUUUUAAAGAAUUGUGAAGUAUACUCAGAAAUUGAACAUGGCAAAGUGCUGCCAAAAAAAAAUCACUGA